CCGAUUCAAACGAGUGAUUCACUGGGUUCAGGAGCUGGACAUCUGUGCGGCGGAGAGAGCUGAGAGAGGAAAACGCGGAGGGAGACUCUGGGAAGAGAAGACGGACAGACGGCGAAAUGGGAGUCGAGAUUGAGACCAUAACCCCCGGCGACGGAAGGACUUUUCCCAAAAAAGGACAGACCUGUGUGGUGCAUUAUGUUGGCUCUCUGACAGACGGCCGGAAGUUCGACUCUUCCCGUGACCGUGACAAGCCCUUCAAGUUCAAGAUUGGUAAACAGGAAGUGAUCCGUGGCUGGGAGGAAGGUGUUGUGCAGAUGAGCGUAGGCCAGAGAGCGAAACUGACCUGCUCUCCAGACUAUGCCUAUGGCAACAAGGGCCAUCCUGGAAUCAUCCCACCAAACGCCACCCUCAUCUUCGACGUGGAGCUUCUCAGUCUGGAGUGACGCAUCCUCACUGCCUGUUCUUAUUCAUGCUUUUAUUAUUUGUUUGUCAGCUGUUUUGGACACGAGGAGAAAUCUUGCAGCCUUGGAGAACUGCUGGGGAUCUGGGUUUGAAUCCAAAAGUUUUCUUGAGCGUAAUGUUCCACCCUUUCCAUCACUACUUUAUCCCUAGUUUAUUUAUAUCCUCAUCAGUCUCCUGUAUGUAACCAUAGUGGUGGUUCAUAGUGGUGGGACACUGUACUAACCUGGAUUAAAUGAACGUUUUAUCUUUUCUCUUAACUCGAGCCAUCGGUCACUAAAGGAACCCUUGUUGAACUGAAGGUUGUCCCUAUGGUCUAAAGUAACCCACCACUUAUAUAGAACAUAUCCUGAAAGGUGUCUAUAUACUAGCCUUGUUAUUUUGUUUGGGGUUGUGCAUGAUGAAACAAAGACCAAUAAAUCUAGGAUAAUUGUCACUUAUUAACAUAUUUGCAUGUUAUAAUUCAAUAAUAAACAGCCCUUCAUGACUAUUGGUGCGCUUUAGGCCAAGUGUUUGUGUGACUGAACAAAUAGAAAGCACACGCCUCUUGCUGAAUACUAAAGAAUAGAGGAUCACCUAGAUUAGAUGAACAAGCACCCACUCCUAUUUCAGUUUAAACGCUGAGGCUUGCCUAGUGGACUUUGCUCUAGUUUAUAGUCUUGAUAAUAUUUAAUUAGCUAUACAUUCGACACCUUAUCACAGUUCAGUGUUUUGAUGGAAAAAGCUCCUGCUGUGUAAUAUGUCUAUGAUACUAUAUUGACACCAGAAAAUCGCCGUUGUCGGAUGAAAACCUCGUAUCUCCGUUUUUGUUGUUUUUCAGUUUUUGACUUAAUUUGAAAAUGCCUGGUUCCCUUUAUAUUGUGAGUAAAUAUCAUGAUGAACGGACUAAAAGAAACAACCCAAAAUGACUUGGAAAAAAAUCUGGUUCCAUUGACUUACAUGAAAAUUAAAGUAGGUUUUUUCCUUCUCCUGUAAAGUGACUGUUUUGGAGAUACGAGUUUUUCUUCCGACAAGAGUGAAGUGCUAUUGUUGUACAGAAAGAUGAUCUGCCUGUAUGUUUAAGCGAGCUUGUUUUAAAUUAGGACACACUGAUGUGUUUGAGUAGUGCUGAACAAUUUACGGUCGGUGUGUUCCAUGAUCUGUGUUUAUUUCUGACCCUUUUCGUUAUAAAAGACAUUGGCAUGAUGGUAUUGUGUGUGCUAUUUAUAGACAUGCUUAUCAUUUUCAUAUCAUUUAAUCAAAGUCAGCUACAUUUUUAAGCAAACCAUCAAUGUCCUCUGCACUGUGUGCACAUGAAAUUGGAGUGAUGCUCUUAUUACAGCUUUGAUGCCCAAAACUGGUAAAAAAAAAAAAAAGGUCUACAACUAAAUUGCUACCUACAAAACUUUUUUGCAUUAAUAUAUAUUUUUCAAAUGCCAAGUUUUUAGGGCUAAAGAAUUAUAGGUGAGACUACAGUUUAAAUUAUUUUGCAAGUUGUCUAUUAAUAUUAAUAAGAACCACACUGCCUAGAAAAGCACUGUGUUUUGUUGGCCGGGGGGACAGAGGCAGUAGUGUUUUGUAUGGCUGAAUAAAAAGAUGAAGUUUUGAUGUAAUGCAAAUGUUUGAACAAAUGACUUGAGUUGAUGCUGUUUUCUAUUGCUGAAGUUUAAGCAUCAAUGUAUGUGGCUUUAAUAGUACUUAUGUGCGAUGUAUGUGCCGAGUGACAUAAACAGGCCGUAAACCAAUGAACAAGUGAAAAUGCGCUAUUGCAAUAAAUGCUUUUUAUCCA